GAAGUAUCUGGGCAACCUUUGGCUCAAGGCCCGGUCAAGUGCAUCUCUUACGCUGAGCGCGUCACAGACGAAGAGAUCAUGAGAAGGCCUGACUGCGACGACCUGUGACCGCGUGCCCAUCUUGCUUCGCGAUUGCGUCAUCGUACUUCGUGCCCUUUCGCCAAAAAUGCCUUUGCCAAUACAUCAUCUUGUACUUUAGAGGCCUUUAGGCCUGUAGCCUGCCUGCCGCUCGCUGGCCAUGCUCGACGACAGGCCGCGACUUAUUUACCAUGUUCUGGGGCGCAGAUGCCCAUUGAGUGUCAUUAUGAUCUACGCAGAACGAUUUAUCCGUUCGAUUGGAAUCCUGUCCAUGCAAACGCCGCUAUAAAAGCGGCAGAAGUUACACAGUACCCGCCCCCCGGGGCUCGCAAAAAGUGCGAGAGUGGAUGAUACAAACUGCUUGAAUAGCGAUGGACGCCGUGGCAGCCAAAAACGCGUCGAACUGGCUGAGACUGGCAUUCCAUGCUCUGACUUGCCCCGACGGCCAGGCCUGUCCGAUCAAAGAGCUCUGCGUAGUUGGGAAGUCGGUAUUGAAGCAGAUUUGCUUGGCAGAGCAAGAUAUCUCGACGCCGACGCGACCGACCUCAUCAGUGCGCAAACUUCUGCUGCACUGGCUGCGCUGUGAGGACCAUGCGGGCUGCCCUCUGUGCUCGGACGUGUGGCGAGAGCUCUCCUCACCCGCCGCUGCUGCCGUCGCCAUCGCCGCCGCCGCCGCUGGUGGCGACGGCGGCAACAAGUUUGGCGGCGUUGCAGCCGUGGAGCCGGCGGCAGCGGCAGCCGCUGCCGCCCCUAGCGGCCAGCAGCCGCAGCAGCCGGCAGAACAGCAGCAACAGGAUCACCAGCAGCAUCGGGAAUCCCACGAUGUGCGGUGGCACCGCGGCACGUCAGCAGUAGCAGCUGGCAGCACUGAGAGCAGCGGGAGCAUGAUGGACGAGGAGCGGCAGGAGGAGGAGGAGCGGGAAGUCGCAGGAGCGGCGGCGGCGGCGGUCGCCGUGUUCGGCCGUGGCGAUGGCAAUGGCAACGGCGGUAGCAGCACCACUAGCACCACCAGCGGUGGAGGUGGCGGAGGUGGUGGUGGUGGUGCUGCUGAUGGUGAUGCUCCUGCUGGAGCACCUUAUAAUUUUGCUAGUGGAUUGUACCAGCCACUGCAAGGUUCGCACAGCCCAAACUCUCAGCAGGCAUACCAGCAGCUGCAGCCACAGCAACAGCAGCCGCAGCAGCAGAAGCUGCAGCUGCAGCUGAGGGAGGCCGCGGGCUACCUGCGCUACUUGCUACACUGCCUUGUCGUGCGGAGCUUGACACCGAACGAGCCGCACCGGCAGUUGGGUCGGCGCUUUUGGCAAGAUAUUCUGAUGCCGCCACCCACGCCGCCGCCGGAGGCUGCUGCAGCGACAGCUGCUGACGGCACUGGCGCCGGGGCGCAGGAGCAGCAUAAGCAGCAAGGGGCACCCCUGGAGAAGCGUGCUGUGGUAGCUGCGAUGGUAGCUGGGGCUGGCGGCGGCGAAGACAACAGCAUGAGUGGCGGCCGCGGCGGCGGCGGCAGCAACACUGCGGCACUGGCAGCGGCGACAGCGGGCCCCGGCCAACGGCACUCCGGCAGCCGCCAACUGCUGGUGCACCGCCUGUCAUGCGCGGACCGAGGCUGCGCGGUGUGCAGUCACACGUGCGAGCUGUUCCGCCGUGGCCUGGCUGUGCAGCCCGAACACUUCCCGCCGGCGCCGGCGCCGCAACUGGUGGAGGGAGGCGCACUGGACGCGCUGGUGGAGGAGCUGAGCAGGUCGGUCGCGUUGAUCAACCUGUGAAUGGUGGCGGCGCGGUGGCGAC